CUACUUUUGCUUUCAUUUUAUCACCUCAAAUCUUUGUUGAACUCCUUUCAUAUUAUCUAUUAUAUCAGCCAUGCUUGAAGGCAAGGCAGUCAUUGGUGACACUGAUAUGCUUCAAACCAUGCAACAAGAUGCCCUCCAUCUUGCCGCUAAAGCCCUCGAUUUCUUCGACGUCACCGAAGCUACCGACAUUGCGCGGUUCGUAAAGAAGGAAUUUGACAAAACAUAUGGAGAAGGGUGGCAAUGCAUAGUUGGAACAGAUUUUGGUUCAUUUGUGACACACAGAUCUGGCUGUUUCAUUUAUUUUUGCAUUGGCAACCUUGCUUUCUUGCUGUUUAAGGACCAGUUCAAUGCUUUAGAAACAGUCAAAGCAUAACAUAAUUUGUUUUGGUUCAGCACAAGAAUAUUUGUCAUUAGAAUUAAAGAGAAAAAAAAAGGGCAAAUAAUGAUGAGUUUUCAACUUUAGCAA